AUGACGCUCAAGGAAAUUCGGAAGAAACUUUUUGCGUAUGAAAAUGAUCAAUGCAUCAUGAAAGAUUAUAUGUUCUUUUGCGACAAGAAUUGCGCAAGAAUAAGGAAAAGUGAUGAAGGAAAAUUUUAUCUCUACGAGAUACUCAAAGAGAAUGUUAUUUGCAUUACACGAUGUAAGACACUCGAAGAAGUAAUGCCUCAUUUAAUUGAGAAGAGAAAGUUAAAUUGCGGUAUUCGAUUGACCGAAGAUGGGCCAACGCAAUCAGACAAUGUAGCCUUCAAGUUUGAAAGCUAUAAUAAUAAUGUUGUAGAAGAUAGUUCCGAGUAUAAUCAACGUACGUUUGAACAAAGUAACAAUUAUAGACGUUCUGAACUCUGUAAAAAUGGCAUCGAGUGGAAACUUGAUUUGAAUAUGUUAUGGCCAUUUAUCAGCUCGAUCGGCGUACACUUUACGAAUGAGAGAUCGAAUGAAUCGAGUGAAAAUCAUAGAAAAUGUCGGAAUGUCCAGAGGUAUUGCCGAGCAAAGCUAUUCAUGAAAGGAGAACACAUAGAACCUUCUGAUAACUUUAAAAAUGAGGUAGAGGAUGCUGUGAGUUUGAGUCUAGAAGAGAGGCGUAUCAAGUUGAAAGAAAUCUGCGAGAAAUAUGGGUACUUUUGGGCGAGAAGAGUACAAUUGGGGGGGAUGGUUAUCCAAACUGAAGAAGAGAGUGAAAGCACCAACAUACAAUCAGUUCGGAGAAGAAGAGGCAUUGAUAUUGAUAUGGGAACAGGACCACUGGAAACAGGGAGUGGAAUAUCUCAGAAUAAUGGAAGAUUAAAUCAAAUUUCAUCCAGCAAUACAAACAGGAAUAUUACAGUUAUUGGUGGAGAUGUGGCAGUGUACAUACAUCCGGGUGAUACACGCAAGUGGCAAGAAACACUCCAAGAUCGCUCUACCUGGGAGAUAAUCCAUUAUGAAGACAUAGUUCCAAUAUAUGAAAUUUUUGAAGAAAGAAUACAAAUUGCUAUUCGUAAAGCAUUUAGUGUUGUUUGUUUCAGUGGUAUUGACAUAUUGGAUCUUCAAGAAAAGAAUUUUUUAAUACGUCCAAUAAGAUUCCCCCCUAAUGUGUGGGAAGGAAUUAGACAGCAUCAAAUUUUUAUAGAAGUUAUGUAUGAAGGCAAGCAUGAUACAAUAUUUGCUGCAAAUAUUGAACAAACAGAUGGGUUACCAAAUGUGCAUGUUUCCAAAAUUCAGAAAGCUGGCAAUAGUAUUCUCGGGAAAAAAAGUCACAAGUUAAAAUUAGCCUACAUUAUCACAGGAUAUCCACAAUCAUCUGACUUUCAAAUAGUAGAUGAAUCAUCUGUGAAGGUUGAUGUUGUUCAAGGAAAAAAGAAAGAUGACAAGUUUGUUGCAUCAUUGCCAAAUAUCCAAGAUUUCAAUCAAGGAGCCGUCUUAAUUACUUGUUAUAUUACACAGCUGAUGCAGCAAACUGGAUCUAGAAGUCAAAGAGAUUCUGAUGAUAGUAUUGUUUUUACAAUGCACCUUCACAAGCCUGAUGAUACUAAACCUACUGAAGUAUGCAUUUUUGGUAAGAAUCUAAUUUAUUGUUUGCUAUCUGUGGUCUAA